AUGAGCCUCAAUACUCGUCUGAUUGCUAGAUCAGGAGCAUAUAUAAUUACGGGUUUACGAUUUUAUCGCUUGUCGAAAAUCCACCAUCUACAGUUAGAAACCAUUUCUGAAUUAUUUUCAGAUCAUAACCAAAGAUAUUGUUUCAGACAUAUGUAUGCAAAUUUCAAUAAAUACUACAAAGGUACAAAGCUACGUGACAUGGUACGCAAUGCUGCACUAUGUUAUAAGGAAAGACAUUGGAAAGUAAACAUGGAUGAGCUUUUGAAGUUGUCUCCAAUAGCAGCAACAUAUAUGAUGAGGGAACUUCCAAAACAGUGGUCUAGGGCCUUUUAUGACCAGUCCACAAGCUCUGAGCACACUAACAACAACUUCUGUGAGUCCUUCAACAACAUGCUUGGCCCAAUGAGAUACAAGCCCAUUUGUAAUAUUGGAAUGAUGUAUGGUCAACUCAUUAUGGGUAUGUUUUAUAAAAGAAGAGCCGAGGAUGAUAAGUUGGAACUUGGACAGUUGGUGCCAAGUGUUUUGAAGUUGAUCAAGAAGAUGCAGAAAUGCGCAGGUCACUUGAGAGUUAAUGGAGCAGUUUAUGGCAGUUGCAUUCAGUGGCAACUUAGAGGAAUACGUUUCCUACAUGGUAUAUGUGUAUUGAUGGAUAUGAGAACCAAUUGGGCUGAUUAUUGUAACAACUGUUAUCUGGUUGAUGCUCUGAGAGCUACUUAUGCUCUUGAGAUGGAGGACAGUUUCAAAAUGAGACCUCCUAUUGACAUCAGAAAACCAGGAAUACCAUGUAAGAAAAGAAAGAGAGAUUAUGAUAAAGGUCACACAGAGAAGAAGGUUAGAAGUUGUACAAGAUGCAAGUUAAUUGGGCAUAACAAGAGAACAUGUGUGGGUGCACCUGUUGGAUCUAAUCCAAAAGGAAAGAGGCAGAGAACCAUGGUUCAAGGAGGAUCUCACUCCACUUCUUAUCCAGAUCCAGCUGAACUUAGUAUUAGUAGUAGAGCUACAAGAGGAACAAGAGGGAUAUGA